AUGCGACUCACCGGCGGAUCCCGAGGACUCUCUGGUCUCCACAGUAACGUCAACAUCACUCUCAAGCAGAUUGAAGCCACAGUGCCCAAGUUUGCCGUGGACAAGGGCCAGAUCCAGGUUCUGUACGAUCCCGAAGAGUUCUACGACCAGCUCAAGCAGAAAAUCCUGGCGGCGAAGGAGCGUGUGUUCCUCUCCACUCUUUACGUUGGCAAGGAGGAGACGGAACUAGUUAGCUGCUUGGACGAGGCUCUGACGAAAAACCCCGGUCUCAAGGUCUCCGUGCUCAUUGACGGCCUGAGAGGAACCCGCGAGGAGCCCGAAACGUGCUCGGCCUCUCUUCUGGCCUCCCUGCUCCACAAACACGGAGAUCGGGUCGAUAUCAGAUGCUACAUCACCCCACACCUGUUUGGACUCAAGAAACAGCUGAUCCCCAAGCGAUUCAACGAAGGCUGGGGCCUACAACACAUGAAAUUGUAUGGUUGCGACGACGAUAUCAUUCUGUCGGGAGCCAACCUGUCCAGAGACUACUUUACCAACCGACAGGAUCGAUACUUUGUGUUCAAGUCUCGGCCUAUUGUCGACUACUACCACGCCAUCCACAACGCUGUGUGCAGACUCAGCUGGAGAGUGGCCCUCCCCAAACCCGCCGAGAAGGCCCCCGAGCCCGGAAAAAUGGCUGUCUUCUUCAAAAAGCAGGCUGCUUCUAUUGCCAAGAAGAUUCUUCCCGAACCCGAACCGGUCAAGGACCCCGGCUUUGUGCUGGAAUGGCCCAACAACAACACUCUGCAAAGCCCCAAUGUGUCUCUUGCCGAGUUCCAGCGUCAGGCUACCGCCUCUAUUGCUCCUCUCAUCACCAGUAAACCUGUCGAGAGCGGCCGACGAAAGGUCAAGUCUCUAGCCCAAAGAGAAACUGAACUCGAGGAGGCUAAGAACGAGUCAGAGUCCACCGAGCCCCAGACUCUCGUAUUCCCCAUCUCGCAAUUCACUCCCCUUCUUAAACCCGAUUCCUCCACCGAGUUCCCUACUCUGGGACGUCUUCUCUCCAUGCUGUCCAUGCAGCGAUCUUCAUGGACCUUCACCGCUGGCUACUUCAACAUGCACCCCGAAUUCAAGGCCAAGCUGCUCGGCAGUGUCCCCGAUAAGGGAACCGUCAUCACUGCCUCUCCUCAAGCCAACGGUUUUUACAAGAGUCACGGUAUCUCGCAGUACUUGCCCGACUGCUACACCCUGCUGGCGCGCCAGUUCAUUCUUGACGUCAACAAGGCCCAUAGACAGAAGGAGAUUGAGCUGCUGGAGUGGCAGCGAGGUGUCGUCAACACCCCCGGUGGAUGGUCUUACCACGCCAAGGGUAUCUGGAUCAAUGGUCCUGGAGACAAGUUGCCAUCAAUCACUGUUGUGGGCUCUUCUAACUACACUAGACGAGGCUAUUCCAAGGAUCUCGAGACUAACGCUCUGAUUGUCACCACAGACGAGGAGCUUAAGCGACAGCUUCAGCAGGAGAUUGACCACAUCGAACGAUACACCACCAAAAAGAGCAUUACUGACUAUGACCAGGAGGACAGACAGGUCAAGACCUGGGUCAAGGUCGUGGCUUACUUCAUUGGCGAUAAGUUGUAA